AUGCAGACCGAAUCGUCGCACGCUAAACGAGCAUUUACGAUGGAUAUCACUCGAGUAUUGCCGCCCAACGUCAUGGAAGAGAUCUUUCGUCGAUCUUUCGUAUAUCCCGAGGCAGAUCCUCAAGACUACACUGUAACAGCGGCCGACAUCUUGAACAAACCGCCCCUAUCUCUCACCCAAGUCUCUCGACGCUGGAGAUUCAUCGCUAUAAAUCACCCGCCGGUUUGGACAUCCUUGUUACUUCCAACCAGUCCUGGAGUCAACGGUGCUACAGCUUUCUUCGUCACACUACAAUCCUGGCUCUCUCGGUCCCAGUCACUGCCUUUGUCCUUUCGGAUACAUAUUUCUUCGACUCCACCACAGGGCAUCUCGAGCGACGUUUUGGGCAGAAACAUAGGACAGUAUUUGGGCACACUACUCGCUGAGUCUCGUCGCUGGGAGGAUGUCUCCUUCUCCCUCGAUAUCUUGGACGACACGAAUGAGGUUCCCAGCCUUAUGUCUACCAAGUACGAAAUGCCUCGCCUAGAACGACUGGUCGUUCGCUCUCCGAACAUUCUGACGUCAUCCAUGUGUCACUUCGUCAGACUCGCACCACGGCUCCAGGAGGUCACUCUGCACGGUCCUUCGCUCACGAACUGGGACCUACCGUGGUCACAAUUGACGAAGCUUGACAUCAGUUGUGACAGCUACAAGGCCGUACCUAAACUUGGCGAACGACGAGAGCAUCCUAUCUUCGAAGCGGAGCAGAUGAUGAACAUCCUCCGACAAUGCACUAACCUCGAGGAACUUCGUUUCGGCAUUCCAGACGUCAAUGCUGUCGAUUUGGAACCCCUGAAGGAUCAGGUCACGAUGCAUUCACUUCGCAGCCUUCACGCCUCCUUCUACGACUCCCCCGACUCCUUCUUCUACUUCUGGUUCUACUCCGUCGUCGCCCCUAACUUGCAAUCUCUCAGCGUUCACAGCGACCAAAACUUCCUGGACGAGCUGCUGGACGAAGAAAGAGAAAAGAUACGUGACUCAACUGGAUUACGCUCUGCUUUCCGCGAUUUCUUCACACAUUGCAAGCAUUCGCUCCGGGAGCUGACGCUCAUCGGCGACCACGGAAACGACGAGAACCUGUUGUCGAUGCUCGCUAUCGUUCCAAAUUUGUCGACUCUCACCCUUACGAUGGAGGCCGUAACGCCCUCGCUCCUCCGUUCCUUGACUCUCUGUUUCGCGGAGGGCGGAUCUGGGAUACUCCAAUCCGGGCACGCACUUCACCUCAGGCACAUCUGCUUUGUCGGCAAUCGAUUCUGCGCGGAGAACAAGAGCGAUCUACCUCACCGUACCCCCUCCGUCGAUCCCUUCGAUGCGUUUACGGAGAUGGUAGAGUCGAGAUGGCGAAUUCCGGGAAAAGUUUUGGAGAAGGGUAAGAUUGAGAGGCUUGUGGAGGUGAAAUUGAGGCCAGAGGUGUGGGAGCGGAUGGCGAAGAUGCAUGGAGAGGGUUAUGAGAGGGUCGGGAAGAUGUGGGACGAGGGAUUGCAGAUUGGUGUGUAG